AUCGACACACGUCAAACAGUUCGCAUUUGAACGUCAAGCAGCGUAGUUCCAAUCAGAAAAUGAGUUUUGCAAAUAAGGUAAUUUUAAUCACUGGUGCUAGUUCCGGCAUUGGAGCUCAUGCCGCCGAACAUUUAGCUAAAAAAGGUGCAAGUGUUUCGUUAGUUGGUCGUAAUCAAGAACGAUUGAAUGAAGUUGUUGAACGAAUUAAAACUGCCGGUGCACCAAUACCACUGGCCAUUGUUGCUGAUGUUACAAAAGAUGUUCAGCGAAUCAUUGAUGAAACAGUCAAUCAUUUCGGUAAAUUGGACGUUUUAAUUAACAAUGCCGGUAUAAUGUCAAAAGAUUCUAUAGAAAAUGUUGAUUUGGCUGAGUACGAUUGGAUAAUGAACACCAAUGUACGUGCUGUGAUUGAACUCACGAAAUUAGCCAUUCCACAUUUGGAAAAGACAAAGGGAAACAUUUUGAACGUCUCGAGUGCAGCCGGAUUACGUGUUAAACCCAAUUUUCUUAGUUAUUGCAUAUCGAAGGCCGCUGUUAAUCAGUUGACAAAGAGCGCCGCAUUGGAUUUAGCUCCAAAACGCAUUCGCGUCAAUGCAAUCAAUCCCGUCGCUGUGCGGACACCACUUUUUGAAACAGGCUUGGGAAAAAGUCCACAACAGGCUGAGGAGUUUUUCGAGAGCUUCAAGAAUAUAUAUCCAAUGGGACGUGUAGGUGAAUGUGAUGAUACAUCGGCCGCAAUAGAGUAUUUGAUCGGUGAUUCGGCUUCAUUCAUCACUGGUGCACUAUUUGCUGUAGACGGCGGUGCUUUAACAGCGGGAAAAUAAAAAUUGCUUAUCAUGAUAUUAUAAUCGAAUAAAAAUCUCACAUUUUUCUAUUCAAUAAAUAUAGCGGCUUAUUUUUUACGUCGACUUCAUUUGAUGCAAUUGUAUUUUCAAUACAUAGUUUAUUUUAUUGAAAGUUUGAUAGUAUAGUUGCUAUAGGCAACAAAUCCAUUUGAAUAUUAAUAUUUGUUUAAGACUUUAGCGAAAACCGACACCGAAUCGAAUUGGAAAAAUAGGCUUAUGUUUAGCAUUUUGCUGUCAAAAUUUGAAACUUACCGUUUCGGUUAAGUUUAAAUUCAGAAUCCAUGAUUUUUUGCUUGGAAAUAGAAAUAGAAUCAUUUAAUGCAUCGCAUCGUAUCAUAUCAAUGAAUAUUACGCAAUUAAACUAACGUGAUGUUUUUUUACAUUUCAAAGAGAUCUCAAAAUGAGUUUGGCUAAUAAAGUUAUGGUAUUUGGGCUCUAGAGCCAGCUGGAA